UUGCCACGUGACCAAGGCGGAAGCGGGACGCCGGGCGGUGCGUGUGCGCUCCGCGGUGGUGUCCCAGUAGCGGCGGGUUUUACCUCUUUUCCUUCUCUGCUGCCCGCCGCCACCGGUUUCUUCCGUUCUCGGGACCGGGUGGUGCGGCCAUGGCUAAGGGCCAGGCGGCCGCGAGGGGCGGAAGGCGGGCGGUGCUGAUGCUGCUGCGGCCACGCGGCGCCCUCCCGCACGCCCCGAGCUGCGCCCGAGCGACCCCCGGCCCCGCGCGCCGCGGCCUGUGGGGGGGCGGGGAGCGCGAUGUAAGCAACUCUGCAUCAUCAUCUUUACAAAGCAAAGGGAAUGUGUCCUUACUGGGAAAUAGGAAGCUUUUUAUCGACACUCAUGCGCUGGUAUGCCUCUUGGAAGAAAAUGGGUUCACUACUGAGCAGUCGGAGGUCAUCGUACCUGCAUUAGUGAAAAUUAUGAACAACAACCUGGAUAUGAUUUACAAGGACAUGGUCACCAAAGUACAGCAGGAAAUUGCACUUCAGCAAGUAAUGUCCCAUAUUGGUGGUGUGAAAAAGGACAUGAUUAUUUUGGAAAAAAGUGAAUUUUCAGCACUUCUUUCAGAAAAUGAGAAAAUAAAACUUGAACUCCAGCAGGUUAAGAAACAAGUCACGGAUGAAGUCACUAAAGUUCGUGCAGAUAACAAGUUAAACCUAAACCUAGAGAAGAGCAGAGCAAAAGAAUUGUACUCAAUUAAUGAAAGAAAACUACUUGAAAUGAGGAAAGAAAUAGAGGAAUUGCAUGCACAACAAGAUCGAGCUCUGACCCAAACAGACCGAAAAAUAGAUACAGAAGUUGCAGAUCUGAAAACAAUGCUUGAAUCACACAAGCUUGACCAUAUCAAGUACUUGGCAGGUUCAAUAUUUACAUGCCUUACUGUAGCACUGGGAUUUUAUCGUUUGUGGAUAUAAUAAAACAUCGAUUUAAAGGCACUUCUACUGUCUUUGUUUCUGGAAAAAAAAAAAAAAGGAAGUUUUAUCUUUGCCUGGAAUUUAUCCAAGUCUCAAUUGUUUUAUUUAUUUUUUUUUGUAAAGCGGACUGUAUUGAGAAUGUAACCAAAGAUGUGCAUAGAAACAAACUGUACACGUCUUGUGCAUAUUUUGAAACUUUCCUCUGGUGAAAACAUGGUAUACGCAUUUGUGCCUUUACUCUCUGUUCUGAAUGGCAGAACUCCUUGCUGCUACAAAGUGUCAUAUAAGCAAAGACUGGCAUUUGUACCAAUCGUGGAGCUGCAAGCUGUAGAGAAGAAUCUGUGGAAUUAUGUCCCAUUGCCUAUUCAGAUGUGCUUGCCGGAGUCAGUUGCUUGUAUCGGGCUGAAGUUUUGAUUAUUAAUGUAAAACUGAAGCUACAUGUUUUGUGGCUUGGAGGCACUCUUGUAUAAGUAGAAUUUGUGUUAACUGAAUCGUGCUUGCUUUCCUCUUUCUGACACUUGUUCAAACAGUUACUAUGAUCAGAUAUUUGUUUUGCUAUUUUUAUAGCAUUAUAAUUAUCAGCUUUUUUUCCAGAUGGCGGUCCAAUCAGUCAUGUUUCAUGAAAGAGUACUGUGUAAUGAGUGAUAGCAGCGUCUGCUGCUGGUUUUGUUUGUAUUACAUUUGUAGAGGUUUUUGUGACUAACUUGCCUUUGGUACAUCUAAGUAUCCAAUACUCAUUCUAUAUGCUAAUGAUUAGCUUUACCACUGUAACUGGAAGUUUGAAAUGCAGUAAAAGACACUAAUUGUGUUAAUUUACAGUUCAGUGAUACAAAGUGUCCCUGGUGCUGCCUUCUUGAUGGAAGGGAAUUGAUGCUUGUAGAAAGGAAAAAGAUUUUUAAAUGGUGGUUAUGAAACAGGUUCUUAGGUGAGGGAACUGCAAUACCAAGGGUCUUCUGGGUGUUUUGUUGAUUUACUUUAAAAAAAAAAAAAAAAAAAAAAAAAGAUAAUCCUCUUAGUUCCUGUUGGUUCUUCAAAUGUGGAACUUUUAUAGUGAUUAUAAUAAUGAAAGCAGUAAUGGAAACUUGCAAAGAAGUUUAAUCUAGUUCUAAGCAAACCUGUGUGAUCUAGUAAGUGCAAUUGAAAGCAAUGACGGAAGGCUUCCAGUGUAUCCAGGUAUCUGUCAUUCUUCCAUUGAUAAAAAGGCUGCUUUAGUAGUAAAGCUGUCCUGUGUGUUCCUUCAGUUAAAGGGAAUUUUCCCUCUCUUGCUUGCCUUUAGGAGAGAACUAUCUAUGCACUGGUAAUAAAUGCUGUUAGAGCAUGAUUGCAGCUUUACUAAAUUAAAGUAAAGCUGUUUGGCUACGCUGUGCCUGUGCUGUAAUAACCAUGUAACUUUUUUGAUAGUUGGGAGUACCAAUUUUGAUCACACGUGAGUACAGAGGAAGAGGUGGAUGCCUGUAACAAUACCACACUGUCUUGGAAUAAAUGGAUAUUUCAUAGAAUAUACUGAGUUUUCAUUAUAAAUUCAACUUUUUAAUUUGAAUGUAAUCUUUUUGUUUGAAGGUAAGUCACUGCUAAUAGUAAUUAUUUUAAGCUAAGAAUUAGUCAAGUCCACAGAUGCUCUGACACAGAGGAGGAAAGAACAGUAAUGUAAGGGAAACUGUUAUUGCAGACUGACUUGACAGUCCCUCUAAACUGAAUGAAUCUAUAUUCAAGAUCUUCUCUUUUUUGUUUAAAGGAUAUUUUUUGUACUAACUUACAGGACUUGACACUUUCUCAAAUUAGACAAGCAGUAAUUUAAUGUUUGGACUGAUUCAGUGUUGGUUCUUAUCUUCCUAUGAUAGAUGAUUCUAUGUACAUCUGUAAUCAGUACAACUUUGCCUGUAUGCCUAAGCAUUUGAUAAAUAGUUGCUAAAGUAAUUAUUUAGAAUGAAUUUUAAAUAUAUGGUCUAUCCUCCUAAAAAUAGAUAUUAUGCAAAUACAUUUCAGGGCAGAUGGAAAGAAGUGAAAGAUUAUAGAGAAGCAUUGUCCUCAAAUUAGCAGUGUCAGGCAAACCAGCACUUCUUGGUGAGUGUUCUAAACAAGGAAUAAAGUUAAUAUGUCAUUCAGGGAAAGAACAUUAUAAAUAGAACAUAAUUAUUAUUCCCUAGCCCAGAAAGUGAAUUUCAAGUGAGAUGUUAAAGCGUGUUACUCCUAUCCUGCAUGCAUAGAUGAAAAAUCUCUAAUUUCAGUGAUCAGUUUAGUAAUCCUUCUAGCACAGUCUCAUCAUGAGUACCCGGUGUACUUAUUGGCAUUCUAAAAAGGUAGAAAAAUCCCUCCAUAUAUUUCCAAGCACAAUUUCUUCCAAAGAGGAAUUUAAACUCAAAGAAUGAGCCUUUUGGUACAGGUGAGAAGCAAAUACAUCAAGGCAUACUACUUAAAUAUCUCUUAAAAACCAAGAGUUGAAUGUCAAAUAAUCACUAAAUUCGUAAAUGAGACCUAAGCUGGCGAUUCUCCAAACUUGUUUUUCUGUAAGUCUUUCUGUAUGAUGCCGUACAUUGUCUCUAAUUUGAAUCAGUAGCAUUUCUAAACGUACAGAAAUAGUUUUUCAGUUCUCUGACUUCAUAUUUUUAUUUUUUAUUUGCAGAGCUUUUUCAAAAGAUGCAAGUGAAUAAUAAAUAAGACUGCUUUACUAUAAAACCAUUUCAGCUGUGGAAAAACUGCAGUAGCUCCCCCUUCAUUCAGAAGUGUAUCUGUUCAUUUCCUGCCUGGUAGGAAAAAUAAGUUUAAAAAGAAAAACUGUAUCUAGAAAUGUUAGAUCUCUCAGAUUUGCUCUUUAAGUUUGCAAGAAUAGAGGAUGCUGCUAAAGUUGAGCUUCAGCUCUGAUGUGCUUUAAAGAAGAACACAUCUGUGUUGAGAGUAAGAAAGAGUAGCAGUCUCUACUAGAACUGGUCUUACGUUUUCCAUGUGAGCUUCCACGUUCACACAGCAAAGACAGGAGGAUCUUUAAGGAUUUAUUUCCUUUUGGGGAAGGAGAUGAAGAAUCAUUCCAUUUGCCAGAAAACCAAAGUUGCUCCUAAAGCUUCUUCAUGUUUUGCAGGACGGACUGACAUCCAUAGUUCUUACUGAACUAUUUACUUGCAACACAUUUGUGGGAGUAUACUGAAUUUAACUGCUUGUCUGCUUUGCUUUCACUCUUGUCUUCAGUAAAAAUCCAUAAGGGAGCUGUAUUCUUUUCAGUGGUAUGUAUUAGUGGAAUUAGCAUCAUAGAACCGUAGAGUAGUUUGGGUUGGAAGGGACCUUAAACAGGAUCCAGUUCCAAGCCACCUGCCAUGGUCAGGGACAUCCCACUAGAUCAGGCUGCCCAAGGCCGCGUCCAACCUGGCCUUGAACACCUCCAGGGAAGGGGCAGCCACAACCUGUGCCAGUGCCUCACCACUCUCAUGGUGAAGAAAAUUCCUUCUUAUGUCUAGUCUAAAUCUGCCCCUCUCCAGUUUCUACCCAUUGCACCUAGUCCUAUCACUACAAGCCUUUGUAAAAAGUCCCUCCCCAGUUUUCUUGUAGCCUCCUUCAGGUACUGGAAGAUCGCUAUAAGGUCUCCUUGGAGCCUUCUCUUCUCCAGACUGAACAACCCCAACUCUCUAAGCCUGCCCUCACAGGGAAGGUGCUCCAGCCCUCUGAUCAUCUUUGUAGCCCUCCUCUGGACACAUUCCAACAGUUCCAUAUCCUUCUUAUGUUGGGAAUUCCAGAACUGGGCACAAUACUCCAGAUGAAGUCUCACCAGAGAGGAAUAGAGAGGCAGAAUCCCCUCCCUCACCCUGCUGGUCACGCUUCUUUUGAUGCAGCCCAGGAUAUGGUUGGCCGCCUGGGCUGUGAGCGCACGUUGCUGGCUCAUGUCGAGUUUCUCAUCGACCAACACCCCGAAGUCCUUCUCUGCAGGGCUGCUCUCAAUCACACCAUCUCCCAUCCUGUUCUGAAACCACAGAUUGCCCCAACCCAGGUGUAGGACCUUGCACUUUGCCUUGUUGAACUUCACAAGGUUCUCACAGGCCCACUUUUCCAGUCUGUCCAGGUCCCUCUGGAUGACAUCAUGUCCUUCCAGUGUGGCAACUGCACCACUCAGCUUGGUGUCAUCUGCAGACUUGCUGAGAGUGCACUCAAUCUCGAUGUCAAUAUCAUUGAUGAAGAUAUUGAAUAGCACCGGUCCUAGUAUGGACUGCUGAGGGACAACACUUGUCACAGAUCUGCAUCUGGACUUCAAGCCAUUGACCACUACUCUUUGAAUACAACCAUGCAAGCAGUUUCUGGUCCACCGUACCAUCCACCCAUCAAAUCCAUCUCUCCAAUUUAGAGAGAAGGAUGUUGUGCAGGACCGUGUCAAAGGCUUUACAGAAGUCCAGAUAGAUCACAUCUGUUGGUUUACCCAUGUCCACUGCUGUGGUUACCCCAUCAUAGAAAGCUGCUAAGUUGGUCAUACAGGAUUUGCCCGUGGUGAAGCCACAAUGGCUGCUAUUAAUCACCUCCAUGCCCUCCAUGUGCUUUAGCAUAGCUUCUAGGAGGAUCUGUUCCAUGAUCUUCCCAGGCAUAGAGGUGAGGCUGACAGGUCGGUAGCUCCCAGGGUUGUCUUUUCUUCCCUUCUUAAAAAUGGGCACAAUGUUACCCUUCUUCCAGUCACCAGGGACUUCUGAUUGCCAUGACUUUUCAAAUAUCAUGGAGAGUGGCUUGGCAACCACAUCUGCCAAUUCCCUCAGGACUCUGGGAUGCAUUUCAUCGGGUCCCAAAGACUUAUGUUUAGGUUCCACACGUGGUCACAAACCUGAUCCUCCUCUACAGUGGGAGGUGUUUACCUCCCUGGUCACCAUCUUGCUGUCCCAUGAUCCAGGAGGGGGUGAGGAGAGUGGUUAUCAGUGAAGACUGAGGCAAAAAAGUUAUGUACCUCAGCCUUCUCCUCGGCUGCUGAUACGAGGUCACUAUUCCCAACCAUCAGUGGGUGUACAUUCUCUUUAACCUUCCUCUUCUCACUGAUGUACCUGUAGAAGCCCUUCUUGUUGGUCAUAACUUCCCUUGCCAAGUUCAGCUCCAGCUGUUCCUUGGCUUUCCUGACCUCAUCCCUACACAACCGCCCGGGUUCCCUGUUCCUGCUUGCACUGCCUGUGCAGUUCCCUCUGCUUCUUGAACAGCAGGUCUCAACCCAACCACACUGGUCUCUUCCCUUUCCUGAGUGAUUUCCUACAUACAGGGAUGGAGCGCUUUUGCACUUUAUGGAAAGUAUCCUUAAAUAUUUGCCAGCUCUGUUCCGCUCGCUUGUCUUGGAGGACCAUGUCCCAGGGUGUCCUACUGAGUAACUCCUUGAAGAGCUGGAAGUUUGCUUUCCUGAAAUUUAGGGUCCCGACUAUACUCCUCGCCUGUCCCAUAUCCCUCUGGACCUUGAACUCCACCAGUGCAUGAUCACUGCAGUCCAGGCUGCCUCCAAUCCUAAUGUCACUGAUGAGUUCACUUAUAUUAGUGACCAUAAGGUCCAGUAUUGCCUCCCCUUGGGUGGGGGUCUCUAUCAGCUGGACGAAGAAAUUAUCUUCCAUGCACUCCAGGAGUCUCCUGGAUCGCCUACAGCUUGCCAUGCUACUUCUCCAGCAGAUGUCAGGGUGGUUGAAGUCCCUGAGUACGAUGAGAGCUUGCGAGUGUGAAGCCUCCUGUAGCUGGAGGAAGAAGGCUUAAUUGGUUGGCUUUCCUUGAUCAGGUGGCCUGUAGUAUACACCAGCCACAGGGGUCCCAUAGGUUCCUCGGUCUUUUAUUCUGACCCAUAAGCUUUCAACCUGUUCUUGGCUACCCUUCAACGGUAGUUCUUCACAUUCUAUCCCUUUCCUGAGAUAGAGGGCAACGUCUCCACCCCUCCUUUCCGGUCUGUCCCUUAUGAACAGCCUGUAGCCAUUGAUAGCCACACUCCAGUCAUGGGAUUCAUCCCACCAAGUUUCAGUGAUGGCAACUAGAUCAUAGCUUUCCAGUAGCACAGUAGCUUCCAGCUCCUCCUGCUUGUUACCUAAGCUUUGUACAUUUGUAUAGAGGCACUUCAGCUGGGCUGCUGGGCACAUUGCCUUCUUUCUUUUGGAGAAGUUUCUUUGCUUCAGGUAUUUUAUUACGUUAGCCCUUUCUCUGUGGGAAGUGUUGCCUGUAUCAUUCAUUUCUCAGAAUGAUGUAGAGUUGUACUUAAGAUCAUGAGCUGACAAAUGGAAAUGUAUUUUUAAUUUAGGUAUGAAAUCUACUUUUAAUUUUUUUAACCACAAAUGUUUUGGUUUACUAGAAUAAGCCUUAUUCUAGUUGUGAAUAUUCACUUAAUUGACCUUUUCGUAAAUGGUGAAAUCCUAACUCUAUACAGCUAUUAACAGUUCCUCUUGACUUUGGAAAAAGCGUGCUUUUACUUUCUAGAUAUUUUGAGUCAUACCGCCUCAGUGGACUUGUCUUACUCUUGCUACUGUCUGUAGACCUCACACUGGAAAACUGGUGGGGGUUUUGUGGGUUUUUCUUUCUCACUCAGCAAAGUUAGCCAAAUUCCCCUGACUAGUUCCUUUAAAAUACUGGUUGCAAGGCGUGAGCAAGACUAAGUUUUGCAUCUCCCAUUGAGUUUUCAGGAAUCAAAUGAACUGCCUUUAUUAUGAUUUCUGAAAUAAUAACUGCAUUAGACAAUUCAAUAUUUAACAAAACUGUGUAAAAUCUCUUCUCAAGGAGUAAGUACACUGUAAAAUUGAUAUUUUUUUAAAAAAUGUUUUACUAUAUUUGGAAAAGCUGUAUUCAGAAAUUAGUUUGACAAUAGUAUUUUCAAUUCUUUAUUAUAAUAUUUAUUAUUUAGCAUAAUUUAUUAUUUUUUAAUACUUAUUAUUAUAUUAGUUAUAUGUAUCUUGCAUUUAUAGAGGUUUUUUGUUGUUUUUUUGAGGUAAGUCUUUCUGUAUAAGCAAUUCAUUUUCUUCAACCACUAACUAGAAAGUUUAUUUACAAUCAAAUGUGUGCCUGGAAUAUUGGGGUUUGCUUUAAGCACGCAUGUUUCUAAUUACACUCUUGGAAACAGAGGGACUGCUGUGUCUCUUAGGAAAGCUUCAUUUGGCUUAGAACACGGUUUUUUACCCUGUUGCCAAACAUAUUAAAGCAGUAGUGUUGAGUCUUUAUUUUACACUUAAAUUCUAUGCCAGAGCAAUUGCCUCUUGCACAGUUUUGCAACUAGAUAAAGAUCGUAGAGGGAAGAUACCAGUGUUUGCAUAGUGUUCCUUUGAAAUCUGUCCAUUCCAGGAAGAUUCCUGCUUUCUUGGGAGGAUGCCCAACGGUAUCAAAACAAAAAUACUGGAAAUGAGUAACAAAGCAUUGCGGCAAAUAUCAGUCUUAAGCCAAUCCUUAUCCUUGUAGUGAGGCAUGUUUAAUGUGUUGUAAUAUUUCAAAUACCCUCCCUCCCUUUGCUGUUCCAAUACGCACCCUAUCAAACUCUCAGAAGUUCAUUGUGUUCCUCAUUGUAUUCUGGAAUUAUAUCAGCUUAAUUUGAGUUGUGACUAAUACUAUUCAUGAAUAGUUUCUUUUUGUUCCAUGAGUAAAAAUGUAGUGAGGGGGGGUGAACAAAGGGUGGUGUGGUGUGGUUUUGGUUAGUUUUUAUUUAGUCCUGUGGGUAAGUGGUGCACGUUCUGUGAGAACUUGAAACAGAACUGUAUGAUACAUGAAUGUAAUAAUGGCAUAUUUAGAGCAGGCUAUUGAAUUUGUUCGAAUCAAGCUUGUAUCCAGGGCUCCAAGGUUUGCUUCAGAACUGCAAGGGUGUGUAAUCGUUAUCUUGGCAGGGAGUGGGAAGGGAAGCAGGGCAGGUUUCUCCGUAUGAAGGGUAAAACUUGAAACUUUUUACUGUUCAUACUUUGAUCUCUAGUGUGCUUUGGCCUUUCUCCAUAGCCAGAAAUCUUGUAGUCCUCUUGUGAACGGCUGUCAGCAAUGUCCAUUACUCCACAAGUAGGCAGCUAUUAAAUAUGUCACUUUUGAUUGUGAUUUUGUCCAGAAUAAUUUGUGUUGCUCCUAGUAUUCUUCUGUCUUUACUUAGGAUCUAUUUUCUUUUUGGAAGGUGUAUGAAGCAGUAUAGAUUUACAAACUUCUCCCAGUCUUGCUAGAAAUUCAUAAAUACAAAGGCCACUUCAGACGCUCCCUCUGAAGACUACUUACCACAACCAGAUCCAGAUAGUGGCUGAAGGCUUUGAUAAUCUUUUCUAUCUCGGCUUUCAAAGACGUCGAUUCUUAUGCCUCAUGAUUUACAUGCAGUCUUCCCUUGUGUUCCUUAGAGACACACUAGGCCAAGGCACUAGCCGCUUUCUUGUCUGAGCUACUGAACACUGAGCUUUUAAGACCAAAUAAAGCAUAACAGGCAUGAGCCUAUACUGAAAAAAUUACCACUGAUGAUGCAUAGAUGAGGCUGAUCAUGUGUAGUGUUGUCGCUGCAAAUGGGGUUUAGAUAUUUAAAUUUGAUACCUUGUCUCAUGUGUUACAUCGCUGUGUCAUUCAGAAGCACUGGUUCUCGGAAGCUUUUAAGAAGAAGCUGAAAUUCUAUAGAAGUUGAGGCAGUGUAGGGAGAGUGCAAAAUAAGACUCACACUUCCAGAAGUCCAUAGGGAAAUGCUUCCAGAGAUCUUAGUAUUUUUGUCUCCUCUAAAAAGGAACCUUGUUUAAAAACAUUAGGGGUUUCUAAAAGAUUCUGAGUUGAUUUUUUUUCUAAUACUCUUAGCCAUUUUCCAGUCUAUGCAUUGCAGCAUGCUCCUUUAUGUGACUUUUUUCAGUAUCAGUAAUGUGAUUUGGAGAUAUCUGUGAGCACACUUCUCAAAAAAAGCUAUGCUAUUACUCCCUCUUUUUGCUAUUCAGUAAAAAUGCAUCCAAGACUUCAGAAAAAUUUAAUAGCAUAUUGUCCACUAAGCUGUUCAGUAGUUAACUUGUCUUAUUUGAAAUAGGGUCCCAGUUUGCCCUAAGGUGUCAGACCACACCUGACAGGUUAUGAAUUUGAUGAUUCAUAAAGUGUGGUUAACUCAGGGGUUGGGAAUGUCUAAGAAAGCUAAUCCUGUUUGAUAGAGAAAACAGUGGUAAUCAUCAGCCAACACAGCAAAAAUAUGCUUACUGUGAAAGGUAAAUAUUUAAUUGAAACUUCAUCUCCAUUUACGUAAAUGCUAGUGUUUUGAAAGGUAAAUGUUUAGUAGAAAUUUCAUCUCCAUUUACAUAAAUGCUAGUGUUUUGAAACGUAUUCUUUUUCUUCUGUAACUUCUGUACUUGGGUGUUCCUACCUCAUUUUCCUUUCCAGUUUCUAACUUCAAAUAUUCAGUGUGUCAUUUAAUAAAUAUAUUUUGGAUCUUUAUAUGCCAUUUGUAGUUUCAACAUUGUUUUCAGGCUUUUUAUUUUGUCCCAUGAAGUUAUAGAGAGAUUUGGAGAAGGGAAGGGCUGGGU